UUGGAUAUUUUAUUCUCGUCCGGUCGACUACCCUCGAUCGGUCAUCGGAAGAAACGGACUCGCGACGACCGAACUUCGUUUCUUCUUCUCUUUUCAUUUCUCUUAAAAGCGAUUCUAUAGACCAAACCUAAUAAUCAUAAUGAAACCUCGAAGGUGGCCAAGGUGGUUACGGUCAAUACAACCCCUACGGUGCCGCUGCGCAACCCAACCCCUACGCUCAGGGUAACGCCAUGGAGCAGGGCAACGGAAAUUAUGAAAUGAACCAGGUGCAACCCGGCGGCGGAACCACCGGCAUCCUGAACAAGUGCAAGGAAAUCAACGACGGAAUCGGUGAUCUGCGCGCCAAGCGCGAAGGUCAACUCUCUGCCGCCCAGAACGCCUUGUUGGACUCGAGCACUGAAAAGGAGGACCAAACUGCCCGCCAGACCCUCGACUACAUCGAAGACGAGAUCAACAACGGUUUCCGCUACCUGCGCGACCUUCUCAAGCGCAUCAAACAGACCCCCGGUUCCGGUGACGCCCGCGUCCAGACUCAGAUCGAUGUCACCAGUCGCAACCUGCGUCGCGAAAUCGAGCAGUACCAGCGCGCUCAGUCGGACUUCCAGAAGCGUUUGCGCGAGCAAGUUCGUCGCCGCUAUGAGAUUGCCAACCCCGAGGCCACUCCGGAGGAGCUUGACCAGGGUGUUGACAACGUUUUAAUGGGUCAAGAGCAGAGCUUCCAGGUUGCCGGUACACGAUCCCGUCAAGCCAACGAUGCCCGUCGCGGCGCGUUGGAACGAUCUGCAGCCAUUCGCAAGAUUGAGCAGGAUAUGAUCGAACUCGGUCGUCUGUACCAGGAAAUCGCCGAACUGGUGCAUAUGCAGGAACCCCAAGUGGAGCAGAUCCACCACGGCGCCGAGGAUGUCGUGGGUAAUGUGCAGAAUGCCAACACUCAAAUCGACUCGGCCAUCUCCAGCGCGCGCAAAGCCCGGAAGUGGAAGUGGUACGCUCUGCUCAUCGUCAGUAAGUAGCGCCCUUUACCUGGUCAAAAGAGGUCUGGUGCUAACGUCUGCAGUUCUCAUUAUUGCCAUUGUUGUCGGUGUUGCUGUCGGUGUCACCCAGAGUGGCAAGUAGACGCGUCGUUUCUCGUUCUUUGUUCUGGUUU